UCUGUUAGACAAAAAUAUGCUGAUGGGAUAAAAGAUGGACAGUUUGCGUACUGCAGAGAGACCAAUCUGAAAGUGAAGAGUUAAAGGAGCGAAGUUGAAGGGAGGGGCAAGAAAGUUUGUCAUCGUCAUUAUAAAUCCAGCCUUCGAACACUGGCCUGGACCAUCCCAGCCCACAAUGUACCCUUUGCUGCCAGGAACUAAGUGGCUGUCUCUUCUGUUGAACAAAGUAACAUCUGAGAUUGGGCAGAGUCGUAACUAUGCGGAGCUGGUGGUGCAUGGUGGCCAUGGUGGGGCCUGUAUGGCACUAUCCACAAGGCCCCCCAAGGGGCCUAGGAUCCCCCCCCCCCUCCAAGGAUGGCCCUAUUUGUAGGUAUCAGCAGAUUCUUCCUCUGUGGGACCCUCUCUCCAACUGAGGAUCAACCCGAUACUGAUCAUUAUGUCUAAAAAGGAGAUGUUGGUGCUGGAAUAUUCAAGAGAUAGUUGGAUAGAGGGCUGAUGAUUGUUGAAUUUCUGAUGGAACUCAAUCAAAGAUUGCAGGUUUUCAGUCCAAAUGAUGAAGAUGGCAUUGAUAUGCAGGCAGUCCUCGACUUGCAACGUUUCAAGUUACAACAUUUUGCACUUACAAUGUUUAUAAAUUGACACCCUGUUUCAACUUUACAAUGCCAGUUUCGACUUACAACGCUUGAUCUGAUGCAAUGCCAUGCCAGCAAACAAGUUCACUGCGUCGCGCAUCUCCCUGGAGAACAUCUGUCCAAACUUCCUUGGACACUUUCUUUAAGAGAGCAGACAAGACUCCAGAAAAACCUGCAGCCAAGACUCCUGAGAAGACUCCAACCAAGAGCACUUCAAAAAGUCCAGCAAAGUCACCUCAAAGAAGUCCUUCCAAAUCAAUACGAUUGCUAUUUACAGUAUGAAUAUAUUAAUGUAGCUAUAUUACUCAUCUAUAAUUGAUCGAGUACAAAAUUCUGAGAUAUUUUUGGUGAAAAUAGGGUAUUGGGCCUUGGUUCAGGAACCAAUCCCCCAUUUAUAACAUUGUUUCUUAUGAGAAAAUUGGUUCUGAGUUACAGUGUUUCAACUUAAGACGCGGUUUUCAGGAACCGAUUGUGUCAUAAAUCCGAGGACUACCUGUAUCUUAUAUAUAUGAAGAAAAACACACAAGAAGGGGUUUAAAAGAGAAUGGGCACUUACCCCGAGUUAACAGCUCCAAAGUAACUGUCCAUCUGCCUGCUCUUACCUUGCAUUAAGUGUAAACUAAAUCAGGUCAACUUAACCCUGCUUCUUUUAGAGCUUUGUGGUAAGUGUCCACCCCCUUUUAACUUACUGCUUUGAUUAUAUAUACCCUAAAACUCAGGAACUAUGCUUUGAAAGUCUGACUUCACAAAAGACUUCCUGUGAGACCUUGAACUAGGUCACUCAGAGUGGAAUUUUCAAAUAAGCCUAAGAGUAUGUGUCUUUACCAUCUCCCUGCCAAAAGCCUGGGACAGCUGCCAACUGCACAGCAAGUGGGCAAGGCCUAUUUCCUCAGCAGCUGUUGUAGGCCCAGAAGAAACCCAUGUAUAGAUAUGGCCUAAUUUUCCAGCAUGGUUAUGUGCUAAGCAGGAAUAAGUAGGCAGGGCUUAUUUCCUUUGCUGUGAUCCUGGGCUCAGCAGGGGAGUGGUAUGUACAUACAAUAAGGCUAGGGAAAGACGUUCAAAAAGCCUGAGCCUGAAUUGAGUCAAUCUUUGCAGGUUAGUCUAACCUUCCUAUGUUGAACUGGUUAGUAACCACCCUGGCUAGAGACAGACAUUACACACAAACCAAUUCAAGUGAUCAGAAACUGGUGUAAACCUGUAACAAAACAGAUGCUCUGUGCACGUAAACCAGUCUGAAAAUGGCUGAAACUGGUUUAAGAUAAACCUGGUUGAAUGUAGUAUCAGACUUAACUGAUUUAGGUCAAACCAGUUUAUGAAAUGUAUGUCCCAAACCCCUUUCUGGUUUAAGUUAAACCAGACUCCCCCAGCACCCCGGCAUGCUCUCUGGGCUGGGCUAUCUGCUCCACAGCAGAGCUGGUCCCUCCCCUCUGCUCCCUGGCUGCAACUCCAGCAGAGACUACAGGCAUCUGCCUGGCUUCCUCCAGGCUCCCCCCCAUCUCUCACCAUUCCCUGUUAAACAGGGAUUCCCCCCACCCCUCUGCCUUACACAGACACCUCUCAGCAUUAGCCAGCAUGUGAUAUACUAGCUAUGGUCCGUGCUAUGGGAGACAGGACUGUGUCCACUUAGGGCUUUUUGGAACUAAUCAACAGGUAGCUAUGGGGUGAUAAAUGCUGAUAACAGAGCUGAUAACUGCUCGGUUAUCAAAGCAGGGAGGCGUGGAGGGGACCCAUCCCUAAUCAGAACAUCCGGCCAGGGCCUGGCCACACCCUGCCUCAGCUCAGCACUGUAGAAGGGAAUGGGGGGCUGUUCUAGCACCCCCCCAGCUUCUAGCCUGAGCCACUGCAGGCAUGUGCCUGAAUUUCUGGGAUGUCUGUUUGAUUACAAACUGGUUUAGCCUAGCCAGGCUAGACCAACCUGAAAAGACUGAAUCAAUGCAGGCUCCGGCUUUUUGAAUGUCUGCACCCUAGCCACAGACAUUCCCUCGGGACUGAGGAAAUUCAGGCAUGUCACAACCCAAAGUUGUGAUUUUUGUUUUGUGUGUGCUUCGGCACUGCUAAAUUAUUUUCCCGCUAAAUUGCAGCUUCUUUGCACAGUAGAGUUUUCUGCUGCAGAAGAGAACCCCAGUGCAACGGAGAAUUUCCCGCCAAUUUGUAGCUUUCUUUGCGUGGUGCAUUUCUUUUUGCAUCUAAGAAAUGCUCGGUGCAAAGAGUUCCCGCCAUUUGUAUUCAAAUUCGAACCACAUUAUUGGUUCACAUUAAAUUAUGCAUACGUGGCGGCUAGCGAUUGGCUUGCUAGCCGUAUAAAGAGCUUGGGUAGUUUCCGCCCAAGCUGAAGAGAAAUUGGAGUUAGAGAGAGAAAAACCUUUGCCUUGUGUGAAGAUCUCCAAGCGCUGCGGAUCCUUACGGACCCAACGUAUUUCUUAAAAGGCAACAGAGGCCUGAACAGCCUCUGGCCUCUCCCCAUCGCCGAUAGAUUCCUAGACGUAUCCCUUCCUGGAACAAAAAGAACGAACCCACGGAGCUUCAACAACUCCGUUGGAGAGAGCGAAUUUGUCGUAAUCCUCAAAUGAGGAUUUAAGCGGAGCUGUGCCUGAAAAACUGUCCAGCCUACACCACGACCAUCUUUGGUGUAAGUAAACAAUCUUUAAAUCAACCACUACGCGUCCGUGACUAAUUCUAGCUCGCCCCAGUCUUCUCCGACCCCGCGUGCCCGGGCUGCUGGCACACAUGGCGACGAGGAUGGGAUCAGGAAAAGACACGUUAGAGCUAGAAUUGGUUAAGAACUGCCCUUGGUGCAAUAACCAAUGCCAAGUGAAAAGCUUUGAAGAACUGGAGGCGCAUAUUGCUUACCACCAGGCGGGCGGAACGGGUGAGAGAUUUAUCAGCGGACGCCUGCCGCUGAAGGGAGAAGAGGGAGUCUCCGAAGACGGAGCCCCAAGAGAGAGGGAAGUGUAUUUGCUCCCCGCGGCGUUCGGGUGUAUAAUGAGAGAUGAGCGGGUCCUGUUCAGGCCCCUCGAUACUGUGUCCCUCGCCGGAGUCAACCCGGUGGGCGAAGCGAACCCAACCUUCACCCGGGAGUGUGCCCGAUGCCUACGAUAUGCUCGGGAGAGUGAAGAGCCGGUGCCAACCGGCCGGUUCCCUCCCUUCAUGGUGUCUAGAUUAAGGGGUCAUGAGCUUCCAUCCGAGCUCCACGAAGAUCUGGAGAUGGAGGAACACGCCGCAGAUGAGAGGGUGGCCCCGCGGUACAACAAGGGGGGAGAGUUAAGUGCAACUUUUCGUACGAUCACUAAUUUAAUGCACCAGAAUUUAAAUUUAAAAACCCAGCUGCAGAUGGCUACUCAAGCGGUCAAAGAAGCGGCUGAGAGAAGGGAGCCUGAAAUGCCAGCCCAAGAUGGCGCCGAGCAAGAGGGAGACCGUGUGGAAGAACCGGAAAAGAAGGGUGGAGCUUCGGAGGAGCCGGCGAGAGUUCGGUCAGCGACUCCGCCCAUCGACGCAGCGUCGUCUCCGGCAACCCCGCCUAGUGAUGUAGCGACGCCCCUACCAACCACGCCUUCCUGCCGACGAAGGAGAGAGUCAAGUGGAGGAGUGCAUCCGCCCCUCCUGCCUGAAGCAGCAACAGCAACAGUGACUCCCGCGGCAGCAGUUCAGCCUAUAACAACAUCAACUCCUGAAAGAGCAGCUUGCCCUACAGCCACGGUCAACCAAGCAACUGAUGAGUGAGAUGUCAUCACCAGUCGCAUUCGUGCUUGGACAGUUACAACAGCUAUACAAAGAAUCUGAAAUGGAGUCUGACGAAGCUAUAGUCUCAUGGCUAGAACUCAUGGCCAUGGAGUUUAAACAUGACAAACUAUAAUCUCCUUUGUCAGUUGUCACGACUGCGUAUCCUGAUGGAGCCAAGAUUAUCUCUUGAUCAGGACCGUCGACACCCGACUGGACUUCAAGGCACCAGACAUCGUGAAUCCAAUCUUCCACCACUGCCACCGAGAACCCUAGAAGAGCGAUACAUGUUUCGAUUUCUCUUACAGCGUUCUGGACUCAAUAAGCGGCAGCUUUGGAUUUUAGGGGACGCAGGUCAAUGGCAAUUGGCCUAUGAGUUAGGUUUCCGUUAUUUAGAGGAACCAGAUGAUGGCUCCUCAACGAUUUCAUCCAAUUGAGAAUAUAAAGAGAAAAUGGUUUAGAGUAACAACCACUAUUUAAACUGAAUAAGAUGCGUUAAUCUAUUUUUUUUUGAGAGUUUUGUUUACAGAUCCGGAAUCCAGAGUGCGUGGCGAAGAGAAGCCCUGAGAAGGAUGACAUCACCGAAAGAAGUGAGGGCCUGACGUACGACUUCACCAUGACGCCCACUGAAGCCCUGAUCGUGUAGUUUAGUUAUGAAUCUGAUGUGUUUAUGUUGAUUAUUAUCUGUUGAUUAUUAUGUAACUCAAUCCCAGGACAGCGAAUUUUAUGUUUGUUUAUUUGUUUGUUUGCUUAUCUGUUCGUUUGAUGACUUACGACAAAGCUCUAGAUCACUAGAAUGAUAAGUGUAUAGCAUAAUUUAGCUAUGCCUUCAGCAAGGGGGGAUGUCACAACCCAAAGUUGUGAUUUUUGUUUUGUGUGUGCUUUGGCACUGCUAAAUUAUUUUCCCGCUAAAUUGCAGCUUCUUUGCACAGUAGAGUUUUCUGCUGCAGAAGAGAACCCCGGUGCAACGGAGAAUUUCCCGCCAAAUUGUAGCUUUCUUUGCGUGGUGCAUUUCUUUUUGCAUCUAAGAAAUGCUCGGUGCAAAGAGUUCCCGCCAUUUGUAUUCAAAUUCGAACCACAUUAUUGGUUCACAUUAAAUUAUGCAUACGUGGCGGCUAGCGAUUGGCUUGCUAGCCGUAUAAAGAGCUUGGGUAGUUUCCGCCCAAGCUGAAGAGAAAUUGGAGUUAGAGAGAGAAAAACCUUUGCCUUGUGUGAAGAUCUCCAAGCGCUGCGGAUCCUUACGGACCCAACGUAUUUCUUAAAAGGCAACAGAGGCCUGAACAGCCUCUGGCCUCUCCCCGUCGCCGAUAGAUUCCUAGACGUAUCCCUUCCUGGAACAAAAAGAACGAACCCACGGAGCUUCAACAACUCCGUUGGAGAGAGCGAAUUUGUCGUAAUCCUCAAAUGAGGAUUUAAGCGGAGCUGUGCCUGGAAAACUGUCCAGCCUACACCACGACCAUCUUUGGUGUAAGUAAACAAUCUUUAAAUCAACCA